AUGCAGCGUGGUUCCUCGCAAUCCAGUUCUCCGCCUAGAUUCAACGGCUGCUCUUCAGGGCUAGAACAAAGCAAUGACUGGUCAGGAAUAAAUGAUUCCAAAAUGCGGAGGAAGCUACAGAAUCGGUUGAAUCAAAGAGCCUAUCGACAACGCAGACAUGCUCAAAGUGGUCGAGUAAAUGAAGGGAGACUCGUCCUCUCAUCUGACAACCGAAGCCAAACAAAACAUCCCAGCAGAUGGCUGUCUAUCGAUGAAACCGAGUCCCUCAUAAAAGAAUUCAGCGAAUCCUCAUUCCGGAGCUAUGCGAGAGGAUCCCCUACAGCAGACCACCUGAUAAUACUCAGCAAGUUGAAUGUAUACCGCGCGUUUAUCCAAAACCUGUCUAUCAUUGGAAUAACUCCUCACCGUGAUUGGAUAUCGCAAAAGGCAAUCUCCCCAUUCAAUACCCGCACACUUGAGCAUGUCGACAACAGAAAACUGCCAGACAGUCUACGCCCAACGCAAAUGCAGUGCAAAAUCCUCCAUCAUCCCUGGCUGGAUUUCUUCCCAUUUCGCAGAAUGCGUGAAAACCUGAUUGCUGCCGGCGAUGCGCUCGAUGACGGCCAAUUAUGCAUUGAUAUCAUGGGAUUCUGGGAUAUUUCGACGAAGAACUGUAACUUGCUGGUGUGGGGGGAGCCAUCGGAACCGGGGAGCUGGGAGGUUACGGAAGAAUUUUUGAGAAAAUGGCCGUGGGUGCUACAUGGGGUUCCGGAGUUGAUUAAGUCUACAAAUUAUUGGCGGAACAAGCGAGGGGAAAAUAUUAUAUUUCGGUAUAUUUAA